GUAAUGCAUAUAAUUCAUACUGGCAUACCUCCCAUAUUGAAAUCUCUUUUUGAGGAUAUUUCAUCUACCAAAGAAUGCUUGCAAGACCUUUCAGUUCUGGCAAAAUCUCAAGCUUGGUGGAGCCCUAGAAACUGGAGCUUAUCCUCACUGACGGAAACACUCACCUGUAAAGAGCUCGAGAAGUCGAAGAAAAUAAGAUUGGGAAACUGGCAAACAAAUAUCUUAUCACAAGCACAACUCCAAUAUGCUGCCACCGAUGCUUAUGUAUCUUGGUACUUGUAUCAGGUUCUAAGAAGCUUUUCCAACACAAAGGCGGAAACAAAUUCUUCAGAGAACAUGAAUAAUGCAGAAUCAUGACCUAUAAUUCAGCCAUUGAAGCUCCUGCAUGGAACCGGAUACC